CUGGAAAUACACGCUGAAACAUGGCGGCCAUAGAACAAAUCUUCCGCGACUUCGUUGUAAAUAAGAUAAAAGAAAUCGAAGAAAGUCAGGAUACCAGUCCAACUGAUGACCCGCAAAGCAAUGGGCAAGUAACUACAGAAGGAGCAACAGGAACGAUACCACAAGAUCAAGAAGACGCUUCUGUGGUCAGCAACAAGGAAGAAGGGGACGUCCUUCACAAGAAGCACAAGAAGCACAAAAAACACAAGAGCAAAAAGAAGAAGAAGAGGCGGAAGGAAGAGAGGGACAGCAGCUCCGAGUCAGCCGUGGAUUCUGAUGGGGCCACUCAACAUGGGGACAGCAACGGACGAGAGCAGCAGUCGGACAAACUGAAAGACCCGCAGACCGGGGAAGACGACGAGAAAUCCAAACGGCGUAAGCGCCACUCGUCCAAGAAGAAGAAGAAGAAGAAGAAACAACACAGGAAGGACGAUGACAAGACGGGGAGCUCGACCGAGUCGGAGGCGGAGCCUGGAGCCGGGGAGCCGGAGCGCCGGGACGGGAAGGACCCGUCGGCCAACGGCGGGUCGCAGGAUCUGCCCGACAUCGUCCCCAAAGACACGGGCAGAGACAGCAGGCGUAGGUCCCGCUCCGGGUCCCGCUCGGCCCAACGCCGCCCGCGGUCCGAUUCCAAGUCGGGGCACAGGAGCAGGAGGUCCAGAAGCAGGUCACGGUCCAGGUCUCGCCACCGCUCGCGCUCCAGGUCUGCCCGGAGGUCCAGGAGAACCCGCUCCAGGUCUGUCGUGGUUCUGAGGAGGGACAGGAAGUCCAGGUCGCCGUAUCGCUCCAGGUCCAGAACCAGGAGGAGGCGAACGAAAUCCAGGUCGACGUCUCCGUCGAGACGCCACCGUUCCACGUCCCGAGAGACCAGCUCCAAACCUAAAGAAGGACCGCCAGCCGAGGAGGACGCGGCCGUGGUUAAAGAGGUCGUCUCCGUGUGCGAGCCUGCGGAUGGACCCCAGAACCUUCCGGUUCCUGCCGAGCCUUCGGCCCUGCCUGGCGCAAGCAGCUUGCAGGAGGCGGCGACGAACUCGGGAGCGUGGAAACCGGUGCCUCUGUUGGAGGUCAAGGGAGAGGCGGCGCUCUCGGCGCCGCAGGCCUCGGAACCUCCCGGGUCUCCUCCGAAGUGCCCCGUUCCCCCAGAGGUGCCUUUAGCCCCGUCGUCCUCGGACCCUCAGCAGCCACUCCACGAGACGGCUGAACCGGAGGCCUCGGAGGGCCCCUCCGACACCCUGCCACAGGCCCCCUCUACUGAAGCGGCGUCGUCUGCAGGGGGGGACCGGAGAGACCGGCUCCCCGCAGCCCAACCACCAACAUGCCCCCGGGGACGGACACAAGCCCGCUCGGAAGGCCGAAGACAAGCCCGCCGCAAGAAGAGCCGCAGGAGGAAGUCCAAAUCCAGGACCCCGUCUCACAGGAAGCGCGCGUCGCGGUCCCGGUCCCGGGGACGGACCAAGCGGUCGCGAUCCCCCAAGAGGAAACAGUCGCGGUCCCGGUCGGCCGGCAGGAGAUCGAGGAGGUCCAGGUCGCGUUCGGGCUCCCGUAGGCGGAGGGGCACGUUCGCCGGCAACACCCUGAGCCAGAGGGACCGCUGGAAGCGCGAGCCGAGCCACUCCCCCGUGCUCAUCCUCCGCAAGAAGAGGUCCCCGGCGCGCGCGCGCCGCAGCGCCAGCAAGAGCCCCUCGCGCCUCACAGAGCUCGAUAAAGACCAGCUGCUGGAGAUCGCCAAGGCCAACGCGGCCGCCAUGUGUGCCAAGGCGGGGAUGCCCAUCCCCGACAGCCUGCGCCCCAAAGCACUGGUCCAGCUGCCCCUGAACCUGCCCCUGAACCUGCCCCUGAACCUGAACCUGCCCGCCAUGGCCAUGAACGCCGCCAUGGCGAGCAUGACCGCCGCCACCAUGACAGCCGCCCUGUCCAGCAUGGGGGCCUUAUCCAGCAGGGGGGCCUUAUCCAGCAUGCCCCAGAUGGCCCCCCUGCCCUCCAUCACCAACAAGCCCCCCCCGGGGCCCCCGCAGCCCAACAUGGCCGCCAUCGAGGAGGCGAAGAGGAAAGUGUCCAAGCAGGCCAACAUCAUCAGCAUUAAAGAGUUCACGGACAAAUGUAAGAAGAUCGUGGAGAGUAAAGGAGAGCUGGCCGUGGCCCAGCCUCACCACUCUGACGAGGAGGAGGAGGGAGGGAAGCCGUUUGGAGGAGGCGCCCUGAGGGAGGUCAAAGGCAUCUCCUUCAGCAUCAAUAACGCUUCUGUGCGUCCGGCGGUCGGCGUGCGGAGCGACGCGGCCUACGCCAAGGAGUUCCCCGUGUCGUCGGGCUCCCAGCACCGGAAGAAGGAGGGCGAGGGCGCGUACGGCGAGUGGGUCCCCGUGGAGAAGAAGGGCGUGGAGAAGGCCAAGGCUCUGGCCGCCGUCAAGGCCGCCGCCGUGGUGGCCAAGGCGGCGUCGUCGGGCGAGGCGGCGUCGGGCGUGCCGCUGGUGGUGAAGCCCGUGUUGGACGGCGACAGCGUGUUCCCGGAGCCGCCCCUGCAGCCAGUGGAUAUCACCCAGGCGGUCAGUGAGAGGAUAAAGGCCCAGAGGCGUCUGGCUGAGAACCCGUACGACGUCAACGCCAUGUGCAUGCUGACCAGAGCCCAGGAGCAGGUGGAUGCCUGGGCCCAGUCUAACACCAUCCCAGGUCUGUUCACCGGAACGACAGGAGCCCAGGUGCUGAGUUCAGAGGAGCUGUCCAACAGCGGCCCUCAAGCCUGGAUCAAAAAGGACCAGUUCCUCCGUGCGGCCCCGGUCUCUGGAGGCGUGGGGGAGUUCCUCAUGAGGAAGAUGGGCUGGCGGACGGGGGAGGGACUGGGCCGCAACCGGGAGGGCACCGUCGAGCCCAUCGUCAUCGACUUCAAGAUCGACCGGAAAGGUCUGGUGGCUGAAGGGGAGAAGCCUCAGAAGUCUGGCGGCCUGGUCGUGACCAAGGACAUGCUGGGGAAGCACCCGGUCUCAGCUCUGAUGGAGCUGUGUAACAAGAAGAGGUGGACCCCCCCUGAGUUUGUCAUGGUCCAUCACAGUGGCCCCGACCACCGCAAGAACUUCCUCUUCAAGGUGGUUGUGAAUGGAGGAGACUACCAGCCCCAGUCAGCCAGUCCCAAUAAGAAGCAUGCCAAGGCCAUGGCUGCUACAGUGGCCCUGCAGGCCCUGGGGGAGGUGCCUGUCGACGGGCCGGGCCUCUACACAGGACCCGUGUUCACCGCUGCCACCACCGGCCCCCUGUUCUCCUCCUCCACUGUAUAACACACACACACACACACGGAUAUUCACAGCAUCAUUGGACACACAUAUAUACAGGUACACACACUGCAAACAUAAAAAAUACAUACAGAAAAAGAUAAACCUACACACACACUCUUUACACACACACACACUCUUUACACACACACACACACACACGACAUGCUGCGUUUCUAUACCGGGUCAAACAUGAUUUCUCCUGAACAGAACUGAAAUUGACUGACCGGAGAGUUUCUAUGACAAACAUUUGCAUGGUGUUUUAGAAGACGGUGGGGUUUAUACUGGUCGUGGAUUCCGUUUUAAAAGCAUUCCCCCACAACACCCCCCUCUCCCCGAAUGUACGCCCCGUGACCAAACUGUUCACAUCAUGAAACAUAACCAUGUGAAGUAUUUGUUUGAUUCUUUUUGUUUCGUGUUGGGCUUUCACCAACUGGCUAGUUUUGUCACUUUGCAAAUGUCAUGUUGUAGGUUACUGAAGUUGUGAUGCCUGCAGAGUGCGUGUGUAACUGGCUAGCAUGAAGGGUUGCAUUUCUAGAAGAUACCAUGAUGUAUUUUUGUUGAUUUUACUUGGUUAAAUAUUAAAUAAGAUAAAGAUUCCAUCCC